CCUGCUCAUCACCAGCCACCCCUUCCCCUUCCACGCCGCCCCACGAGCUCUCUUCCCUGUCAGUCUCCCCCAUGCAUUCACCCUCACCACCAUCACCUCCACUACCACCACCGCCAGUGCAGCAACACCUCAUCCACCUCAUUCAGUCCUCCACCGUCCGCUUGAGUGCAUUGCCGCGCGCCGUCUGUUCCCUGGCUACUGUCACGCUACCCACAGUGCACCAGUGAAGUGGGCCAGAACCUAACCAGUAUCCAGGCUUAUCCUUAGCAGGAUUUUGAGGUGCUAAGGGCAGCAGUGUGUGGGAGUGUGGAGUGCGCGUGUGUGACCAGCGUGCCGGUCUGUCUGGGGAAGCUUUUGUCCAUCUCUCGCUCCGUUUCCAGCGUGUCACAUUUGCCUCCAAGUGUGACCAGAAGACCAGUAUGAUGGGGCUACCGCCUUGAUGGAAAGUGCAAGCAAAAGGAGCAUUAUAAUAAGUACUUCAGAGGGCAUAAGCUGCAAAUGGAACACAAGAAAUGUGCAAUUUCUUGAAUCAGGUGUUGCGGAUGAUGGAAGCGGUGGUGGUGAUUAUCGUGACGCUAAGCUUGGGUGGCAGCGGUCUGGUGGAGGCGUCGACGGUGUUGGAGGUUGGCUCAUGUCCUAACGUCACAUCGGUCCGUAACCUGGACCUGGGCAAGCUGGAGGGACGGUGGUACCAGAUCCUGCAAAUACCCACCGAGGACAACAGUAUUGCCAGAUGUACUCGAUCCACCUACACUUACACAGAUGGGUACCUGAAGGUGGUGACGGAGGGACGCAGUGCUGGAGGUGGGGAGGUGGCCAGGACAGGGGUGCUGGCCAAGCUGCCCCACUCCCCCUCCGGCGCCCUCCAGCUGGACAUGGACGGCAUGCCGCCCCUGGACAUAUGGGUGGUGUACACUGACUACUCCAACGUCGCCUGCCUGUACUCCUGCGCCGAAUUUCACGGGCUGAAGGCGGAGUGGGCGUGGGCAGUGGCAAGCUCCCCACGCCCACGAGUCAAGAUGGUGAACCGCUGCCGAGCUAAACUUCGCUUGCACCAAGUGAACACCACCAAGCUGCAGCGUGUGCCCCACAGCGCCCGCUGCCUCAAGGGGGACUAGCGGGAGUGUCCGGGGAGAAGGCGCAGGAUAGAGACAAACAGGACAGUCUUGUUUGCUGAAGCUAAGUACGUAAAACAAGAGAAUAUUACUGAAUACAUGUGCAAACUUUUCUUUCUCAUUAUAAUUGACUUUUUUUCUGUAAUUUAUUGUUUUUUUUUUGUUUUUUUUUUCUAGUUGCUUUGAAAUACUUCUACCUUCUCCCACUCCUUGAUUGGAUUCUCUUGUCUUUGAUCAAUAUGUCUUGGGAUUCUUUAAAACCAUUCUCGCGCUUAUGUACAGUUUUCCCCUUUCUUAUGUUUAGUGUAUUCGCUGCAUGUUUGUAAAUGUUUCAAUUUCCUCUGUGUGUGUGUGUGUGUGUGUGUGUGUGUGUGUGUGUGUGUGUGUGUGUGUGUGUGUGUGUGUGUGUGUGUGUGUGUGUGUUUGAAUGCGCGCAGCACAAUGAGGUUAUCGUUGUAAUUUUGUAUGGUUACCAGUGGCCUUUACAUGAAAUGAAAGUACUGAAUACAGAAUGAAUACACACACACACACACACUAAUGCUCUGUUGCUCCUCAAAUAUUCUCUGCCGAGGAUAACGCUCAUAAGUUUUGCGACCUGAGUCUGUGGUUAACACAAGCUGAACUUUAGGUCGUUAAGCAGCCUCUACCGGAUUGUUUAGGUGGUAACAAGGGGUUAUUUUUCCUUCAGGUGUCGUGCUGUACUGUAGCGAUUUACCUCAAUCUGUCAUUUCAUGACACAAUGAAUGUCCUUGACAUGGUACUCUUUGUUUUCCCAGGCAAUUUCUUUGGCAAUUCAUCAUCCUCUGCAGCACACUUUUUAGUUUGACUUUUGUAAUACUUGAUGUUUCUUCAUUACACUCUAACCACACAUUACACUCUACAGACAUAAAUGCAUCGAUUUGAUCGCCAUUCAGACGGGCACUGCCAGUCUUGAUGACGUGGAUCAUGACACAAACACAACACAGGGUCACUUGCACACUCUCAAGGUCGCUCAGAAAAAUCAUGAAAAUGCCACCUGGAACUACUGUGGUGCCGCCCUGCCAUUACUCGCACCACGCCGCCAGAUGAAGACCAGUGACCGUGAACGGACAUGCAAUGAUCACACCUGUGGCAUACUAAUUAUUUUAUGGUGUUACUCAAGUUCGUGGUGUGUGUAAUCCUUAGUGUUGCCACCGGCGUCGACUUGAUCCGCCAGAACCACGUGUGUGUAUGCAUGCAUUAUGUAGACAGGCACGUUUGUAUCGAGACUACUACUCCUUUUGUAAGAAGUAUUAAAUUGAUUCUUUUUGUA